ACUAGUACCUCAGUGAUCAGCUGACCUACAUGACCACAGAGCGAGCGGGCGCGAGAAAUCUGGACUGUAAUCAUGAACAUGUACGCGAUAGAAGUUUUUCUUUAUCGAGAUUUUCUUGCACCGUGAUCUAGAUCGAGGUCAUUUUAUGUGGAACUACCGCUUGGAUAGGUGUGAGACUUAAUGCGGUUGUUUACCGUGACAGGAAAUAAACCAGCAAGUUUCGUUUUCGAGGUUUAUCAAGGUUUAUCCUCCAACGCUGAUAUUUUCAAUUUGGGAUUGAAGGUGUAUGGAUAAAGUCGACCACUUGAUUGGAUUUGAUCUGGGAUACACUUGCAAGAGCUUUUCACAAAAGGGAACAACUUCCAAGAAGAACAGGAGUGUUCCAUCAACAGCAACAAAAGACUGCAGUAACUGCUGAAAGUAUUUACAGUCAAUUUCUCUCAUAACAAACCUGAUGGCUGUUGAAGCAUGCAGCGUUCAGAUACGAAAACGCAGGGUGGAGCUGGUGGAGAACUGGAGCAAACACUUGGACCCUCUGCUGGAUCGCCUCUUCGAAAUGGGGGCUGUGACAGAAGAGGACCUCAGCUUCAUAAAAGGUGGGGGGCUUUUCGGUGAACGAGACUGUAUGAGGACACUUCUGGAUGUCCUGCAAGGACGAGGAGAGGAACCAUGUCAGGCUUUUCUGUUCCUGUUGCCCAAACUUGAAGCGUCGAACUUCACUAGAACCACAAACCUGAGCGUGAAAGAGCCUGUGAGUGACCAUCUCCAACGACACAAGGAUAUUUUGGCCAGGCAACACACACCAGGAAAUUAUCUCGGCUCGACAUCUGGACUUCCCAAGGCAGACUGGUUCACGGACAUUACAUUUUCUAGGCAUACGGAACGACUAGUGCCAGUUCAUUUCCAGCACGAGACAUCAGUUGUCGGGGACGCAUUUAGGGCAGGAAGGGCCCAGGCAAGAGGACCGGAAGAGACUUGUUCUUUUAAAGACGUCUAUCAGAGCCUGCUCUCUGCCUCAGGGGAUGGUGUGGACUUGCUGUCUGGGGUUGCAGGUAGUGGCAAAACCACAGUGAUUAAACGGUUGGUUCAGGAAUGGGCUGUCGAUGCAGACACGCAAAAGAUCGUCUUACCUCUGACUUUUCGUGAACUUAGCCUUAUUACUGAACCCCAGAGCCUCCAGGUUUUGCUGUCUGAUCAUUACAGUCAUCUCAAGCCUAUUCUGCCAGAAUUAAUGACUUCAAACCAAGGCCAGCUUCUGCUUAUUCUGGAUGGGCUUGAUGAGUUCUGUUUCCCCUUGGACUUUGAACACACCCCUAAAUGUUCAGACCCUGAGCGGGAGCUAUCAGUAGGAGCCAUGGUAGUGAAUCUAAUAAAAAGGAACCUCUUGCCGGAUAUCUCUAUUCUCCUCACUUCUCGGCCUCAUGCUGUCACAAAAGUCCCACAGCUACUGGUCAACCAGUUCUGCAGUGUGUUGGGGUUUUCCCCGACUCAACAACGGCAGUACUUUGAGCGAAGCUCUACCUCUAGCCAGAUUGCUGCUGCCGUGUGGGGAUUUGUGUCUUCCCACAAACCCCUUCAACUCAUGUGUCACAUCCCUGCCUUCUGCUGGAUUGUGUCUACUGCCUUGCACAAUGGUGCUUCCUGCCUCUUUUCGGACACCGUACCACGGGGUGGUGAGUCACAAACAAGUCCAAGUGUAGAAGUAGGAGAAAAUCAGUGUCACACUUCAUCUGAAAGUAAUACAGUGAUAAACAACAGACAUGCCAUUGGCUCCAGGCCGGUCACAAUCACUGAGAUCUACUGCUGCUUUUUUAAGACCAUACUGCUCUUCCAUGUAGGUGGGUGUGUGGAGGACAUGCAUCUCAACAGGCUCCAGGAUGCUCCUCGUGUCCUAAAGGAGACAAAAGCAAAGCUUAGAUGUCUGGGAGCUCUGGCCUUCAAAGGCCUGCUGGAGAGGAGAUUUGUUUUCGACUCCGUAGACCUGGCCUCUUUCUCUCUAGAAAACAAUGAUCUCUUGCGUGCCUUCUUAGUGGAAAGUCUUAAAGUGGACAGAUCUUCUCUAACAUAUGAGAAGAAUUUUCAGUUUAUUCAUACCAGUGUGCAAGAGUUCCUAGCUGCACUUUAUUAUGUUCUGGAGUCAUUGUCAGGUUCGGACCCUUUCACAGGACUCAAGCCAAACAUGGGCCUGCUUGCUCCAACAGUGCACACGCACCUAAUGUCUGUUAUUAGUAAAUUACGGCGACCACAAGUUCUCUUGCGUAGACGAAUUAAGAAAGCUCUCCACUGGGGAGAACGCCAUCAGUCUGGACACCUGGAUCUCUUCUGCAGGUUUGUAUCUGGCUUGCUAGUCCCCAAGACCCGCUUCAUCUUAAAUGGCCUUUUUCGUGAUGAGCCAAAGUCUUAUUUGGCCUCAUGUGUGCCCUUGCUUUAUGCUUCUCCUCCAUUUGUGCUGCAGUUGCUCCACUCACAGCUCCAUAGCCCCAGUCUGAGUCCUGAAAGGCAGCUGAAUGUGUGCCAUUGCCUUUACGAGGCUAAGGACCCUGGACUGCCUGAGCGACUGCAGGCCUGGCUAAAAUUGCUCUCUCAGGAGGGUAUGGGUCAUUGUACUGUAGCUUACAGGGACUGGAGUGAGCUAGCUUUUCUGCUGCAGCUGAGUCCAGACCUGCAGGUGCUCAAUUUGGAUGCACAGGGGCUCGAUGCUGAGGGACUGCGCAGACUCUUGCCUGUACUUCCCCUCUUCUCCACCCUCAGGCUUGCGCAGAAUCCUCUUGGUCCAGAGGGGGCAGAAGUGUUGUCUGUUGCUCUGCAGAGCCCUGACUGUCAUAUCGAGAGACUGUGGGUGGUAUCGACGGGUCUGGGCUGUGAGGGAGUCAGGAUCAUAGCAGAGGGACUUAAAAAGAACAACACAGUGUUUGACCUCAGAAUGGCUAUUAAUAAUAUUGGUGACAUUGGAGCUGCCUCUCUUGCUGAAUUAUUGACGACUAAUCGUACUCUAAAAGAUAUUCGACUUAGGGACAAUGUAGUGACGGACAAAGGGGCAGAACUCCUCAAGGCAGCCCUAAUGGACAACACCACCUUAGAGUACCUGUGGUUGUUUGACAACAAAUUUUCCAAGGAAGGUGUGCGGCAGCUGAAGGAAUUUUCAAAGAACAGACCCAAUCUUGACAUCAAGGUCUGCUACUGAUCCCCAGUUAACAAAUAAUCAUAGAUUAAAGACAUGCUAUUGGUAAAAGGGAAUAGUUCGAACUCAGGAUACUCCUAGUUUGUGCUUAUCUAGGAUUGUAUUGCGCCUGUUUUGGUCUGAAUCCGCAUGGACAUGGGUUCUACAAGACGCUGGAUCUGUUAUACAGGGAUGUCGUACCAUGUGGGAGGGACUGCACAGUUACUGUACAUUAGACAGUGUUGCUUUCCACUUCAUCCCAAAACUUCAUGGAAGGGUUGACGUGUGACUGGAACCUGCACUUUAUGUUCCUGGAAUCAUUCAUUGAUGAUACAUGGCUUGCAUGGUGCAUUAUCACACUGAAGAUAUCGAUGAACUGUAGCCAUGAAUGGAUUAACUUGACCAGUGGUGAAGUUUAUAUUCACCCUGCCCUACAGAUGUUCAGUAGGUACUAUGAACUCUACUAUGUACCAGGUAGAACUCAACAGAUUUUUUGUUUGUUGCGCCAAACUUGCUCUUCCAUUAACAAGAUGUGAAACCUGGAUUUGUCUGACCAAGUAUCUUUUUCACUCACCAGGACUCUAGUUUUGACCUAGUGGCAAAUGUCAUGCCAUGUUAAAAGUCACUAAGGUCAUUUGGUUGGAAUGUCCAGUUUACAAGAGUGUAAGUUGUACACUGUAGUGGAAGUUCACUCGAUCUUACAAAGAAUGUGUGCCUUUAACAAAAAGUAAGAGUUAUUUUAUUGAAUUUCACAAGAGCCAAGUUUUCCCCUAGACCAAACCUUAAUUAUUCAUAACGCUUCAUCCAAGUUGGAUCAUUGAAUUCAUUCAUUUAUUCAUCUUCAGGAACCGCUUUAUCUUGGUGGAUCCAGAGCCUAUAACCCAGAACGCUGGGAAUGAGGUCGUAAUACACUCUGAAUCGGACGCCAGUUCAUCACAAUGGAUCAAUCAAGUUCUUGUGAAUUUGAAAUCAUAUGUCCAUUGAUGUUAUUGUGGCAAUAAUCAAAUUCCAGUGUUGAAACACAGUAUACAUGCACUAACCAGACCAGAAUUCUGAAUGUCAGCCUGCAGAGACGCCUCAUUUGGACUGACAAGAUAACUUCUACUUUCACAAUUAUGUAUUUUUUUGUGGUUGUUUGUUUUACAUUGCUGUUACAAAAUAGACAAAUGCACAUGAGAAAGGAAAAAAAAAGAGAAAGAAAUCGGCUCUGUCAUGCCGAUAUUAAAGUUAGUAGACAGGAAUGACUGAUUAGGAAACAUGCUUCUCUUUCCAUGCACAUUCAGUCAAACAUGUUUUUUAAAGUGUUAGUCAUGGAAUUUUUGCAUGAUACAGUAAAAUUCUAUAAUGUGAUUUUGUAUUUUGUGGAUUUAUUUAUCGUUUGUAUUAAAAUUAUUAUUAUUAUUAUUAUUAUUAUUAUUAUUAUUAUUAUUAUUAUUCAAAAAGCCUUCUAUCUCAUAACUAAUGUAUGCAGGACUUUAGAUUGGAUUGGUGUGUUUGUGUAUAAUCUCAAUAUUGCAAUCAUUCAUUCCUAUAAAGCAUCUCCAUAAACACCAAAGCUGCUAAAUGGUUCCCAGUUAUAAUGAGGUGUUCUGCCCAAAGUGCUGUAGAUAAAUUGAUAUACCAUAUUUUCUCCAAAAACCAAAGACAUUUGAAUCACAUGAUUAAUGUACACAAGUUUAUUUUUAGUUAUAAAUCAAUUUUAACCAAAAUUGUCCUUAAUGUGUUUUGUCUUUUUGGGCAGUACAUAUAAGUUAAACAAGCCCAAUACAUUUAUUAAGACUUUUCAUCAUUCAGUAUCAAAAACUGAACGUUACGUUUGCUUCUGGUGCUCUUUAAUCUAUGAUAUAUCGUAUUAUAUAUACAAUAUAUUAUACUGUAUACAGUAGAUAGUAUUUAGAUUUCAUAACUCAGUGUGAAAGAUGCAGUUAUUAUUUUUUUUAUAAACUUCACUUCCGAUUAAAGUUCUAAUCUCAUACUCAACAGAAAAUAUUUUUUUAAGUGCAUGAGUUUUCACAGAUGUUUCCAGCUGUUAAAAUGCAACCACUGCAAAGUCGUCAUUAUGAAGUGGUGAUUUCUUUUAUUCACAUGGUUUCUGAAGAUAUAACGUCAUCUCUCACGAGUCUCUGGACCUUUAUGUUUUUUUUGUGUGUUUAUUUAUUGUGUUUUGCUUUGAUACCAACCACUGACUAUAAGUACUUUCAAUUAGAUUAAUGAAUACUCAUAUGAAUCGAUAUGGUUAAUUACAACUUGAUUGUUGGAUCUGUAACUGAAUCAAGAAUGAGCAGACAUUUCAAUGAUUAUAAGGAACAAAACCCUACUGUACAGGCAGGAAAUCUGUGCAUUAGUAAGGAAUAUGUGGAUUUAAUUAAAGGUGUAAUUACUGAUUUCCACCACCA